GGUUUGAACAAGCCUCCUAAUCAAUGCAAGUUGAUAUUUAACUGUUUGCUGAGCAACUGCCAACCUUUUACUCUCAGGGAAUUUAGCAAUUCACAGUACAGUAGGUUCUCCUUUUUUUGGACAAGCCAGGAGGGUUUUCUUUUCAUUUAAAAAAGUUACUUUUCAUGGAUAUGGACCUCUGCCUGACACUCCUGCUGAUAUGUCUCUGCAGCCAAGGAGCUACUAAUGCUGAAGUGACAGAAGAUCAGUCAAUCCCCCUUAUUCCCCUAAUUCCCAGUCAACCCAUAGAAGAGGGGCAAAGCCAGGGUACCUCAGAGCCAGCAACUCUAAUAGAUACAACUGUUAGUGCACCGUCCGUUCCACCGACAAACAGCACGUCACCAGAUGAAGAAGAGGGGAAUAGUUGUCAGGCUAUCAGUCAAAGCCCUGACACCAAACAAACGAUCACUGCUGCGAUCCAGAGGUUGGGUGUGCAGCUCUUACAAAACCUGGAGACGUCAACGGAGCAGCCAAACGUCAUCAUUUCUCCUCUAAGCAUAUAUCUGGCCCUCUCACAACUGGCUCUAGGUGCAAAAAACGAGACGGAGGAGCUGCUGAUGUUUCAUCUGCAUAACAACUCAAUACCCUGUUAUCACGAGUCACUGCAUAAUGUCUUAAGACAGCUCCGAAACAGGGACAUGCAAAUUGCCACUCGCAUGUUUCUGCGCCAAGGGUUUGAAGCAAAACAAGACUUUGUGAGUGAAUCGCUGCGGUUUUAUGACUCAGAACCUGCAAUAGUGGAAAGUCUUCAGCAGAUAAAUGAAUGGGUGGAGAACGCGACACAAGGAAAAAUGACGCACUUCCUGUCUUCUUUACCACCCAAUCUGCUUCUCAUGCUCAUCAAUGCUGUUUAUUUCAGAGGAGAAUGGAAAGCUCGAUUUGAUCCGAACUUCACCUCCAAAGGCGUCUUUUACCUUGAUGAUUUGCACAUGGUCGAUGUCGAUAUGAUGGAAGAUACCAAACAUCCGCUGAGUUUUUUCAUUGACAAUGAGCUGGAGGCUCAGGUAGCAAGGUUCCCAUUCACAAAUGACAUGAGUUUGUUGGUCAUCAUGCCUGAGUCAGGGAAAGUGAAUGUGACUUCACUUUCUUCGUAUCUAAACAUCUCCGACUUGUAUGAGCGCUUACCCAAGGAGAGGGCUGUUCAAGUUAAAGUUCCCAAAUUCAAACUGGAAUAUUCCCAAGAGUUGCAGGAAGUUCUUACCAAAUUGGGUCUUGGGGAGAUGUUCCUAAAUCCCAAUUUGGCUGGGAUUGCAGAUGGCCCCCUGCCUGUGUCCAGUGUCAUGCACAAGUCUGGCAUGGAAAUAAAUGAGGAUGGUGCGAUGGCUGCUGCAGCCACAGCUGUCAUCAUUUCAAGGGCAUCCAAUCCUAUUUUUCACCUCACUCAGCCCUUCUUCUUUGUGCUAAUAGAUGAUGUAACUCAGAUACCAAUCUUCAUGGGUGUCAUCAACAAUCCCAACCCUGGAGCCCCUGUCCUGCAGAGGGUCGAAUUUGAUAAAGAUAAAGUGGGAUUCCCAGUUGACAAGAAUGACAUGGGCCCAUUUGUAAAUCCUCCUAAGUAGGAACUAAAAUACUUUUUCUUCCCCCCAGGAAAACUCAAACAUCUUAAGUCUACUGUAUUAUUUUUCUGGAACAAAAUAUAUGUGAAAACAAAAACAUUGUGUGCCUGUUUCCAUAUAAAAUAAUACAUCACUUGGCUAUUGAUGAUCAAGGAAUUUGAAAAAAUGUUUUUGUUUUUUUUUUCAAAUCUGUUAUAUUGCAAGUAAUUAAAUGUAUUAAUCGGAAUCCCAUUGGCUAUGAGUUAUGAUCUUAAAUAUAAUAAAAUGUUGUGUUUGAAUGAA